AAAUUAGUGAAGGAUGGAGGGUCAUCGUAAAUAAGUGGAUAAACAGUAAAUAAGUAAUGUCAUUUAGUGCUGAAAUAUUCAAGAAUAAACUAAGUGUUCUUGAUGAUAGUCAGGAUUCUAUAGUUUCUAUAUCACAAUGGGUAUUAUUUCAUCAUAGACAUAGUAAAGAAGCAGCAUCUAUAUGGUCAGAAUUUCUAUUAAAUGUUCCAGCAUCUACCAUUAAAAAUCCAUCAUCUAAAAGAUUAUCAUUAUUAUAUCUUUGUAAUGAUGUUGUUCAACAAGCAAGACGGAAAAGAAGAGAAGAAUUUAUAAGUGAUUUUGCUAAAGUAUUACCGAAUGCUUUAAAAUUAACAUAUGCUACUGUAACCCCACCAAUAAAACCAAAAGUAGAACGAUUAAUAAAUGUAUGGGAAGAGAGACAAGUAUUUUCACCAGAAGAUAUACGUCUUAUGAAGGAAGCAAUAGCUGUAGCUAAGAAAAAUCCAAAUUUAGCUAAUAAUUUAAAGAAUAAAUCAGAUUCUCAUAAUAUAAUAGAACAGAAAUCUCCACCACUAGCUGACAUAGCUCCUGAAUUAAAAUCUUUGAAUGAGUUGUUUCUCAAAUUAAAUAAAUUAAGAGAUGAAUCACAAACGUAUCUUACACAAUAUGGAAUCCAAUCAAAGACUUAUUUACCACAUGAUCCAGCUCUUAAUGAUGCAUUACCAGGUCCUAGGGCAUAUCUCGCUAAAUUGAAUACACUUGAGAAAGUUAGUCAUAGUUCAAUAAAUAGUCUUAUAGAAUUAAAACAGUUGAAAACCUCAAUUCAAGAUCAUUUAAGCAGGCUUUCCACUUUUAUAUCGGAAAGUGUGGAUACUGAUGAAUCUAAAUUAAAAACUAUAAAUGAAAAGUUGACUAGAUUAGAUAGGGUAAAAUCAGACUUAAGAGACAUGACUGGAGACAAUGAUGAAGAGCCUUCUCCAAGUUUCGAAAGCACUGCCAUUGAUAGCACUAUUGAUAGUGGUGAAUCAAAACCCGCUAGUGAUUUCGAUGGCUACAAUGAUGAUGAUCUGAUCCCUACAUAUGAUGUGGAUGACGAAGAUGAUGACGACGAAGAUGAUAAUAGCAAAUAUAAGAAUGAAAGUGAUGGAGAUACUCUUACAAAUAGAAAGAGAAGACUUUCUCAAACUCCUUCUGGGGGUUCCACGCCAUCAUCACUUAAACGUGUGGCAUUUUCAGAGGAUAUUGAAGUAAAAGAAUAUGAAGCUGAAGAGCAAACUGAUAUAAUAAAAAUUGUUAAGAGCGAUGAUGACACAAGUGACUUUGAUAUUUACGAUAGUGAUAACGAAGAUGUAACUGAGGAGUAUACCAGCCACCACAAAGACGAUCUAGAGUUGAAGCAUGAAUACGAAAGUUUCGACGAAGAUGAGUAUGAUCCUUCUGCUAUAAAUACCGAUUUAUCCGAUUCUAAAUCUUCUUAUAAUGGUUCAGAAGACACGCCGGAUAUUGCAAGCAUAUUAUCAAAGUUAUCCUAAUUAAUGUAUUAUUAUUAAUAAAUUACCCAUAAUAUUAAUCUCUAUAAAUAUAUAUAAAUAUCGCACUGCGUGUAGUUCAGACUUUAAUUUAAAAUAAUACUAAAAUCAUAUGAACUUCUUGUUUUAGUUUGAGUUGAAGUUGUAGUUGUUUUAGAAUU